GGGUUGACCUUCAGCGGUGUUACUUCUUGUCUUGUUAUAAUAUAGGAAUGAGCACAGGCGGCUGACUCGCUGACGAACCGCUGCAGCUGGCGGCUGGCACAACCGUCGCAACCAUGGACUCGGGGGCUGACAGUGGCGCAUUACCAUCUAGCCAUGGCUAGCUUACGCAGAAUCACAUUUACUUGCAGCACCCAAAGGCAACCCACUCAUUAAUGCUCAUUGCUAUUCGCUUGUUUUGCAUAAACAGCACUUGGGUUUUUGUUCCUACUUGAAUGACGAUCGGACCAUCGAUCAUGUCAUGCAGAAAUGCAACGAGGUCAAGUUAAAAGGUCAUCGACGAUUAUCGAGCUAACCUCCUCAUCCAGCCAUCAUCGAGUCUCUCAUUUGACGAAGUUGUCCAUUGCGGCCACAGGAUUGCCUGAAGCCUUACGUAUCUCAAUUUAUCUCGUUUUUUCCCAUUGUCCAACACUAUGCCUUGCGUUCACCCUGCCUCAAAGCUUCCCUUCGCUGUGAGCCUGCAGAAGCACGGUGUUACAGUUAACCGACGUUCCUUUCCAGCGAAACUGUCUCCGUAUUAUCCUUACCACGUUCACACCUCCAACGUAACCUCAUAUAUCUCCUAUCGUGAAUUUUGCUGGACUGGACCUCCGGGAAAAUUUGGUCUUCUUGGUGAUAUCUAUUUCGACCUUACGAUCAACUCACUCGCAAUUUACGGGAGAACCACGAGCGAGGAAGAGGACAACAGGUGGUUCAGAUGGAGUGGCCUCACCCCCACUCUCGAUACCAACAUCAAGCAUCUCAGGUCUCGCACUGUAUCCUUCAAGUUUUUCAACACUAUCUUCAGGCAUCCGCCCGUUGAAUCUAUGGUCAGAUGGGGUAGAGAUAUCUUGGUUCAACCGAGAAAAAGUAGUAAAGACCAGACGUAGCCUACUCAAUGAGCCCCAAAUGAUCGCUGAAACUCGGCAUACUGGGAGGGUUGGAUGGCUACUCAAAAGAGUGCUCGAUCCUGAAUUGUUGCUAGAAUGUGGCACCGCUGGCCAAAAAAAGCGUAAACCUUGCAAUUACGGACACGAUGACUUGGAUAGCCAGAGUACAAAGCAGAAGAAACGAAGGGUCGUUCGUUUUGAUAAUGGGGAUCCGGAUGAUCCACCAGCAUUAGGAGUAGAGCCUGCAUCUUCGUCACAUAACACAUCACUGUCCUCCGUUUCUUCAGGACAAACUCAAAACACCGAGCACAUUGAUAACCAGAGUACAGAGCGGGAGAAACGAAGGGUCGAACGCAGUUGUUUCGAUGUUGGUCCACCAGCAUUACGAACACAGCCUAGAUCUUUAUCUCUUGUUUCCUCAGAACAAAAUCAAAGCACCGAUGGCGAAGGCGUCAACAAUUCCGUACGAGUUCUUGUCAGGAAUUUUGUACGUCAGGAGGCUAACAACCCGUGCUUGUACAAGACAAUAUCUGAUUCUUCCCGAACGUGGGCAAAAAGUUUGGAUGCACUCGACCCCCUUGACAACAGUGUUGAUACGCAAGAUCGUGUCGCCCUUGUGAUCAGCCAGAAUGGUACUCUGUCAAGAAAAUUAGAGCUAGUGAAAGCCCUACAUAAAUUGGAAGCAGAGCAAAUGGCGCUCGAAAUCGUUGCGCUAAAACGUCUUCGCGAUGAAGCAGAAUACAAGCUGAAAGGCUUCGAGGAUAAAGUCAGGAAGUCGAAGUCACAGAUCAUAGAUACCCUGCACAUCCAUCUUCCUCUCCGAUAACUUGAAUGACUUGAAUGGACAAGUCAACUAACUGGCAUAUUCGAUACGGUCUGCGGUAUCGCUUUCGUACGGAGUUGUAAGGCAUGUAGUGCAGCCAUAGGUUGUAAACUGUAAAAUAGAGGCUCUGGAGCAAAAUGCGAAAUUCAACAAUGCAUUUUGAGAGUUA